AUGGUGAGUGAACAAGUUUGUAUUAUAAUUCAAAUUUAGCUCUCGGCAAAAGCGAGAAAAGCAUUUAGAACUGUCAGGGGGAUUAAGAACUCCCAGAUGAGGACGGGCAACUUCUCUGCGUUCGAUUUCCAUCGAAAUCUUUACAAGAUUUCGCCUGAGGCAGCUUUAUGUUAUUUGGAAAUGAGUUAUUCAAUUGAUGAUAGAGUGAAAAAAAUGGAUGGAGAAGCCGCUGAUUUUGUCAGAUUGGUGAGUUUAAUUUUAAACCUUCUAUAUUUUACUUUAUAUUACAUAUUUUUGAUGUCUGUCAUCUAUAUCAGGUAACGUAAAAUUUUCAGAUGAAAGCCAUUUACAUUGAUGGUCCCUGGAGUGCCUAUGAAAGAUUGUCCCGAGUUAAUGAGGUCCCACAUGCUCUAAAAUCGCUUAGUGACACUGCCAGAAGCCAAAUAUACAAGGCUUUUCCAAACUUUAAAACACUGAGCAAUGGUAAGCAUUUAAAUUAAUAUCGAAUUCUAGCCGAACCUGGGCCGUAUUUGCCGUAUUUCCCUUAUAUCUCUUCAGGAAACCCCCGAGAUCAGUCUGCACGAUUAAUGCGUGAGAUUUAUUCGAAUCGAGGAUAA